AUGGAUCCCAACCAAAACUCUUCUAAUAAUAUCCAAAACCCUUCAAACAACCCUUUUAACUAUCCGAAUCCCAACAACUAUCCAUUCCAAAAUCCGUUUCCUAACCCCAACCAACCCCAAAACAUACCAAAUUAUGGUUUUCCACCAAGUUUUUUCACGCCGUCGGCUGUUCCAAACUACCAUCCAUAUUAUGGUUCGUCGAUGUCAUAUUCAUCUCAACCACCCACUUAUUCUUCUACUCCAACGGAUAAGGAAAUUGCUUCGAAUGUUGGAGCAACUGAAUUUCUCGAGUUUUCUACACAAAUGACUCUUGGUGGUAUAAGUGGGGUUAAUAAAGCAACUCUUGGUGCAGACAGUUCAGCCUCUGCUACCCGAAAAAGCGUGAAAUGGACAACUGAGCAAAAUUUGGUGCUAUUGAAUGGAUAUAUCAAAUAUGGAACAAACAUCGUUGUUGGCAGAAACCAGAAAAGUGAAUCAUUUUGGGGCAAAAUUGCUGAGUAUUGUAAUGAGCAUUGCUCAUUUGAUCCUCCGCGUGGUGAAGUUUCAUGCAGAAAUCAUUACAACUACAUGAACCAAAAAUUGUCAAAAUGGAUUGGCGCUUACGAUAACGCUAAGCGUAUGCAACAAAGUGGGUGGUCGGAGCAAGAUGUAUUGGCGAAAGCGCAAGAAAUCUAUUCAGGUGGUGGUACCGGAAAUUUCAAUUUAAUGAAAGAAUGGAUCGCUGUCCGUGAUCAACCACGUUAUUGUAGUCAAGUUGGAGGGAAUAGUGGCGAAAUGUACCACAUCCAUGCGAAUGUUAGAAUGUUCCGUGGUUAG